AACGGUUUAACGGAUCAUGAACUGACAUGUUGAUACGGCAGAAGACAGAGAAGUGACAACGUUCUGAUAAAAAAAGAAAGACAAAGUAAUAAAGUGUGAGGUGGUUUAGAUAAGUGGGGAAAACAGUGUGAAGCAGAGCAAAGAUGAAGAUUCGUGGAAUGCAGAUCUGGGGCUUCCUGUUAGCGGUACUGGGCUGGAUCUUUGUCGCCUGCUCCAUGGCUAUGGAGGGCUGGAAGAUCUCCUCUGUCGGAGGGCAAGGUGGGAGCUCCAUCAUAACAGUGGGCUGGUACUGGUCCAGUCUGUGGAGGGCCUGCUUCACGAACUCUGCUUCCACAUCCAACUGCUAUGACUUCCCCGUGCUGUGGUCUGUGGAAGGUUAUCUUCAGAUUGUGAGAGCUCUGCUCAUGUCUGGGAUGGCUGUUGGAGUGCUGGCCUUCAUCCUGAGUCUCGUGGGAAUGGAAUGCACUUACAUCGGAGGAAAAGACAAAGAGAAGAACCGAUCCGUGUUCACAGGAGGCAUCUGUCACAUAACAAGUGGUAUGCUGGCUGCCUCUGGUUAUGCACUUUAUGCUCAGCAUGUUUCUGCAGAAUAUUUCAACCCCAGAUUUGAUGGACUGCAAUUUGACUUGGGAACUCCCUUGUUCCUUGGAUGGUCAGGAUGUGCUUUUCAGAUCACUGGAGGGAUUUUCUUCCUAGUUUCAGUCUGCAAGAUCUGGUCUCAGACAUACAGCAGUGCACCAGUUCUCAGCGUUCCUGUCGUGGAGAGCAAUGCCUUGCGUUCCUCUCACACGAAUGUUUCCAUCAUAUCUGAACUCUCCACAAAAUCCAGCGUAUCAGCCAUAUCUGAGCUCUCCUCGAAGUCUGAAACAACAGCUCUGUCAAAUGUGCUAUCAAAGAGCCCACAUAUCUCAAGAACUAGACGUCCCCCGAGAACCAGACGCUCUAUCAAAUCAGAUGUGUCGCGAUCAGUGAGCUCCACACGGUCCUCAAGAAUCAGCAGAUCACAUUUAAACCACAAGGAAGCAUCCUCUCCAUCUAGAGGCACUACACAUCACUUCAUCAAGAACUCCUACCUCUGA